AUGGAAAAUAAUAAAAUAAAUAACAAAUCAUUGAAAACAUUUAAUCUUAGUGAUUGGAUUACUUUUGCUAUAUUAAUCUUAUCUAAUUUUUUAUCUCCAGUAAUUUAUACUUGUAUAUUCCCAUUUUUUAAUGAUAUUGCUUUAAUAAAAAAUGUUUCUUUUAUUUGUGUUGGAAUUAUUUUUGGUAUUUUUAAUUUUGGAAGUUUUAUUUUAUCACCAAUAAUUGGAAGAGUGAUUGCAAUCUUUGGUUCAAGAAAAAUAUUUAUUAUUGGUAUUUGCCUUCUAAGUUUAGGAACAAUAUUAUUUUCGCCAGUAUAUUUGAUUAAAAAUAAACAUUAUUUUUUUGGAAUAUGUUUAUUUCUUCGUUUUAUUCAAUCUGUUGGUAAAACAAUGAUAUAUACUACAACAUAUGUUAUUGCUUCAAAAAAUUUUUUACAUCACAUGUCUACAAUACUUGGAUGUGUUGAGUUUGGUGCUGGAUUUGGUUAUACAAUAGGUCCAUUUAUUGGUGGUUUUUUAUAUCAAUAUUUUGGUUUUUAUUAUAUUUUUCUUUUUUUGGGAUUUUUAUCAAUUAUUAUUGGAAUAUUUUCUUUUUUAUAUAUAAAUUUAGAUGAUAAUAAAUUGAAAAAUGUAAUUAGAGAUAAAAAUCAUGUCUGUGAAUCAGAAAAAAAUUAUUCAUGGAAAAAAAUAAUUAAAAUUAAAGAUAUAUGGUGUUUAAUAUAUACAAUUUUUUUUGUUGGUAUUACAUCUUCAUUUCAGGAUUCAUCAAUACCCAUAGGUUUGAAACAAUUUCAUUUUAAUUCAACAAAAGUUGGAUUAAUGUAUAUUUUUUUUGGUGGAACAUAUACAAUUUUUUCUCCAAUAUCAGGAUUCAUUAGUGAUAAAUAUUCAGUUGCCAAUUUUUUAAUAAUUUUUGGAUAUUUCCUUCAAACAAUAGUUUUUUUAUUAUUAGGAUCAACUUCAUUUUUUAACUACAAUCCAACUGAAAUAUUGUACAUUAUAUGCUUAUUAUUUAUGGGAUUUUCUUCAUCAAUCAUAUAUGUUCCAUCAUUUAAAAAAACAAUAACUAUUUUAAAAAAUGAGCAUAAAUUUUUAUACAAUUUUAAAAUAUUAUCUAUUGUAUCAGGAAUAUUUUGUUCAUCCUAUUCAUUAGGAGCUCUUCUUGGACCAAUUAUUGGAUCAUUAUUGAUAAAUAAUUAUGGUUACCAUAGCACAAUUGUAAUAUUUUCAAUAAUUUCUUUUAUUUCAAUGAUUUUGUUCAUUAUUUUAUAUAUAAUACCAAGAAUUAUAAAAAAAAUUCGUAAAAAUUAA